AGAUCACAGAGAAAAAGAAACCAGGAAGUAAGGAGAAAUUAUUAGAGUUUGUUCAUAGCUCAGGAUGUUAAAGGCAAUAGUCCUGGCUUGUUGGUUACUCAUUAGCAAAAAGGAAAGAGCCCUGGGGGUCAGGACUGGCCAAACUACAGAGACAGACCUGAAGGAGGGAGAGAGCUGCCGGCAAAGGCGAGACGUGCAGAUCUCACCUGGAGCUAACAUCUUUCUCUUGUUAACUUUUUCUUGGGGCAAAAGGCAAGGUGACUCUUUUCUGUUCUCAGACAUUUGUCUAAAUAAAGCCCUCUUAAUUUUAUUUUUCUUGUGGGAUUCCUAAGUAGACAAGAAGAAGAGGCGUCUUGCCACUGAGCAGCUGCCCAGCUCCCACUCGGCUUGGUCUGGGACAACAGCUACAGCCACAGAAAGCAAGCUGGUGAGUCUCUCCAAGCAGCCAGCUCUGCCUGACUUCUGGGAGACAGGGCUUUGCACACUCUCUGAAGCCUGGUGAACUGGUGCUGAUUUCAAAGCUGCCCAGUGGAGGAAGAGAAAGUGAAUCUGCAGAGACAAAGGGGAGAGGGAGAAGCCCCUCUCCCUUCCUCUCCGCCAGGCCAGCAUGGGCAACGUCUGCCUGAGGUUCUGGGCGUACCUGAAAUCUUAUCUCCCCUGCUUUGUCCAGGAGGCAGACAAACAGGUGGUGAAUGAGAACGUAGGGGCCCCCUGUCCCCCUUGUACUCCCAAGCCACAGGGCCACUACUUUGUGGCCCUGUUUGAUUACCAGGCUCGGACUGCAGAGGACCUGAGCUUUCGAGCAGGCGAUAAGCUCCAAGUCCUGGACACUUCCCAUGAGGGCUGGUGGUUCGCCCGGUACUUGGAGAAAAGGGGAGACCGCUCCAGCCAGCAGCUGCAGGGAUAUAUUCCUUCUAACUAUGUGGCUGAAGACAGGAGCCUACAGGCCGAGCCGUGGUUCUUUGGAGCAAUCAAGAGAGCAGAUGCAGAAAAACAACUAUUAUAUUCAGAAAACCAGACAGGUGCCUUUCUAGUCAGAGAAAGUGAAAGCCAGAAAGGAGAUUUCUCCCUUUCAGUUUUAGACGGAAGCACUGUGAAGCACUACAGAAUCAGAAGACUGGAUGAAGGGGGCUUUUUCCUCAUUCGGAGAAGAACCUUUUCAACACUGAAUGAGUUUGUGAGCCACUACACCAAGACAAGCGAUGGCCUGUGUGUCAAGCUGGGAAAACCAUGCUUAAAGAUACAAGUCCCAAGCCCUUUUGACUUGUCAUAUAAGACCGUGGACCAGUGGGAGAUAGAUCGCAACUCUGUGCAGCUUCUGAAGCGAUUAGGAUCCGGCCAGUUUGGUGAAGUGUGGGAAGGCCUAUGGAACAACACUACCCCAGUGGCAGUGAAAACAUUAAAACCAGGUUCAAUGGAUCGAAAUGACUUCCUGAGGGAGGCACAGAUAAUGAAGAACCUAAGACAUCCGAAGCUUAUCCAGCUUUAUGCUGUUUGCACUUUAGAAGAUCCAAUUUAUAUUAUUACAGAGUUGAUGAGACAUGGAAGUCUGCAAGAAUAUCUCCAAAAUGACGCCGGAUCAAAAAUCCAUCUGACGGAACAGGUAGACAUGGCAGCACAGGUGGCCUCUGGAAUGGCCUAUCUGGAGUCCCAGAACUACAUCCACAGGGAUCUGGCUGCCAGAAAUGUCCUUGUUGGUGAACAUAAUAUCUACAAAGUAGCAGAUUUUGGACUCGCAAGAGUUUUUAAGGUAGAUAAUGAAGACAUUUAUGAAUCUAAACAGGAAAUAAAGCUGCCAGUGAAGUGGACUGCACCUGAAGCCAUUCGUACUAAUAAAUUCAGCAUUAAGUCUGAUGUGUGGUCAUUUGGAAUCCUUCUUUAUGAAAUCAUUACUUAUGGCAAAAUGCCUUAUAGUGGUAUGACAGGUGCUCAGGUAAUCCAUAUGUUGAGUCAAAACUAUAGACUUCCUCAACCACCUGAAUGCCCAGAGCAGCUCUACAAGAUCAUGAUGACGUGCUGGAAAGCAGAGCCUAAGGAACGGCCGACAUUUGAGACACUACAUUGGAUGCUUGAGGAUUAUUUUGAAAUGGACUGUUUAUAUGCAGAUAAUUUCAUUGGAUGAACAGUGAAGAAGAGUAUCAAAUAAUGAAGUAGCAAUGAAGUUCAAUAAUUAGUCCAGAAAUACAGCCUUAUUAACCAACUGCAAAAUGAGUUUAUCUUGUCAUAUUCAAGUGAUAGGGUCAAUCUGACCAUGUAUUAUAAAAAAAAUUACAUGUACAUUUCAUUGAGCAAAACUGCAGGACAGUCUAAGAUGUUCUAUCAUUUUCUCACUGCUUUAUGAAAUUGAACAUACUAAACAAAGUUAUUUUUCUUUUAAAAAGAUUCUUACAUUUCUAUUUAUUAUUUGAAAUGUCAGUCAAGAGGAUCAACCAAUGAUAGUUGAUUCUUACUCAGUAAUGUAGCAUUUUUCUGUUUACUGAUUAAAGUGGUUAUUCAUUAUUCCUCGGAUUACUGAACCCAUCAGACUGCUAUUAUGAAGGAAUUUGAUUGCUUUGCUGCACAGCAGGACCUGUGCUUUAAGAUGCUUUCUCUUUUGAAAUAUCCUGCAACUACAAUGAUGGCAAAGCCAUGUUAAAUGACUUGAUUGUACUUGGAGUAAUCACACAAGUUUUUUCCUAUGCAUAAAAAAUGAAGCAGCUGUUGAGAAAAAGAAUUAAAAUUUCUCUCACUUUGUAGAAGGAAAUGAUGGAAUUUUUCUAUAUACCUCAGUAUGUGUCAUCUGAGAAUAAUCUACAUUAGUUUAUUCUCUUAAGGUUAAGAAUCAGAUUGCAAAGCUGGUAAGUUAUUAUUCAUGGAAACAUGCAAGGAACAUCUAGUGGUCUGCAAGAUCUGAGAAGUAAGUAUCAAAGUUGUUUAGGAAAAUAAGAGGAGAGUAGUAGGAUUGCUAUGGCCCACAAUUUCUCAAUAGUUAAAAAAAUGUACCUUUGGCACAUAGGUCAGAGUUUAAAGUUGAUUACAAAACAAAUCGAGCUCUGUUUCAAGUCUUGAGACUAGGAAUAAUGCCUGGCCUUGGUUAUGAAACUAUUUUCGCCUGGUAGGACAAGACGGUCUUACUCAUGUUAAAUGUGCAUUAGCCUUUGUGAGAAUAUUACUAUCCUCUUAAGCAACUGGUGUAUCAAAUUUUUUGCCUCAUUAAAUGGUUAGGGAGAGUUCUCAAAGGCAGUUACAAAUUCAAAUACAUAUUCAAAGAUCUUCUGACGUAGAGCAAUAUGAAUGAAACCAGCCCUGAGAAAACAAGUAUAUUCUGUCAUCUGUUUUUAAAGGGGAAGAAGAUGUGUGAACAAUCACAGUAACCCCAACUCAAAAUGGAUUAAACAAUAAGUAAAUUUGUAAACUUUCUAACUGGAAGACAAGCAGUAGGGAGGGCUCUAGGCAGAAUGCCAUUAGCAGUUCGAUGAUGUCCACUAAGACCCAAGUCCUUUCUGAUCCUUCUCCCUGCCACCAGUAUUCAUUCUCAUGGUCGCUGGUGGCUGCCAGUAGCAGUUGGGGCUUCCUGUUCUCUUCUCCUUUGGUAAGAGAAAAUGGGAAAAUACUCUGCAUUUUCAUCUGGCAUAAAAGUCAUUCUUUUUCUGUCCAGACAAAUUGGGGUCAUAUGCACAGCCCUGGAUCAGUAAUAGACUCAUUGUUAAGUGUCAAUUGGCUUAGAAUAAGUUUUGCCACUGAAGUUGGAAAUGUGAUCAUCUUUCCUGGAGACAAGUUGGGAGGUUUGCUGUACUAACAUCUGAAUAAAAUUAGAGAAGAUUAGAUGCUGGAGAGGUGUUGAUUAAAGAGAAAAUCCCCUGAGAUGAAGUAGCUGUACUACAUAUAUACAGUGUGGCACUGAAACUAAAACGGGUCAGGUGAGGCUAACAAUUGUAGAGCCCCUUGAUUCCCUUAUGAGCAGAAAAUAUUUGUAAAAUAAGGUAAAUACUGAUCUUUUUAAUCAGUUGACCAUUUAAAGUCAUUGAGUCUAAUUGUGAACAUUCAAAUACUACAUAAUUAGUCUUUUUGUAGCAGCUAAGAAUAAGAAUAAUUAUUUUUAGUAAGCACUGAUUUUUGAAAUGUAUGAAGAUGGUCCCGUCUUGUUUUAAUACCACCUGAAACCCAUUUAACUUUCUACAUUUGAUUUUUGGAGAUGUUUAUGUUCAAGGUCUGUCAAAGCAAUCUAUUAUUCUUGUUUUCACCUGAUUGAUCAUAGAGAUAAAGAAUGGAUUCAUUUAUGAGAAGCAUCAACAGAUUUUUUAAAAACUGACAUAAAUUUCUUUUUAUGUAUAGAAUAAAAGGAUCAGGAAGAGAUAAGUUGAAUUUUCCUACAACGAGGCAGCUCUUGUUAAAUUUACCACCCAUAAAUUGUAGCAAAGCACUUUCUGUGUAAUGUUUUAUGUAUGUAAUGCAGUUAUUUGGAGGUGGUGGUGAGGGAUGUGAGGACGAGAUUUCAUAUGGCAUUUCAAAUCUCUUUUGACAAAAACCUAAAAAUUUUUGUAAUAGAAAAAAUUCAAAAUUCCAUUAAGCUUCUUCUUUAAGAAGGUUAUGAAGGAAAUAGGUUUACCUUACCUAAGGUCAAAAGAGGCACAGAGUGGACUUCUAAUAGUUGUGAAACCUGAAUAUUUUGUCACUAAAAACAAAGGUAAAGUUGAA